AUGCCCGAGAAAACCGUUCUUAUCACCGGCUGUAGCCAGGGCGGCAUAGGGGCAUCCUUGGCAAAGGUAUUCCGUGCCAAAGGUUUCUACGUCUUUGCAACGGUACGAAACGUGGCCAAAGCCGGAUCAUUAGUUGACCGAGAAGGCAUAGAGAUCCUUGAGCUUGAAGUCACAUCUCUUGAAUCCAUCCAACAAUGUGCGAGAGCCGUUGAGAAACGCACCGGUGGCUCGCUCGACGUUCUGGUCAACAACGCUGGCGCCAGUCAUGUUCUCCCGCUCUUAGACACAACAAUCGAUGAGGCGAAAAAGCUAUAUGAUACGAAUGUCUGGAGCGUCCUUGCUAUGACGCAGGCAUUUACUCCGAUGCUCGUCAAGGCAAAGGGCGUACUCUGCAACAUUAGUUCGGUUGCUGCUUUCGUGCCGUUCGCAAUGUCGGGAACGUACAACAGUUCCAAAGCGGCCACAACCAUGCUCUCCGAGACACUGCGUCUCGAAUUGGAACCUCUCGGCGUGCGGGUUAUCACAGUGAUGGUUGGAAUCGUUGACACACCGAUCAAUGCCAAGAGCGAUGCCUUGGUGCUGCCUGAUAAUUCCUACUACGGUGUAAUUAGAGAUCGAAUAGCUCUAUUUAGAGAUGGGUCGGCCUACCCAAACAAACAAGAUCCUGACGUGACAGCAAAAAACAUCGUCCACGACGUGGUCAACGGCAGCAGCAGCUACAUUUGGCGUGGGCAGUCGGCCUCUCUUGCGUGGUUCUGCUUUACGUUUAUACCCAACCGAUUUCUUGUCAACAUGAUGAACGGGGACAAGGGUCUUGAUGAAGUCGCCCGGGCGCAUAAAUCUGGAUAG